AUGUUCGUGUUUCUAGUUUUGUCAUUUCUUAUCGCCUUCGGAAAAUCGUCAGAUUUCCCCGAAUGUGACAAUUUAAUUUUUGGGACAGCUAGCACGUUAACAAAAAUUGGAAAUAAAUGCAUUUUCUAUACUUCGAAGCAGUUUGCCGUCAAGCAAGCAACACCACAGUGCCGAGGGAUUUCAAAAUCCGCACCUGAACCUUUGUCAAUAGAUAGUGAAGGUGAAAAUUCUGAAAUAAGAGUAAAUCCUCCGAUACCUAUCUCGACAUUACCGCCGGCUCCACCGACGACUCUAAGAACAACUUUACCUCCAAGUGAGCAACGAAGAUCAACCGCCGUAGUAAUUGCUGUAGACGCUUCGAUUUAUUCAACAAGUGAACUCAGUAUUGCGCAAAUCAAUUUUGCAAAUGAAUUGACUCGUCAUAUUCAAGAUCGUGGUCCAUCCGAAUUUGCCUAUUUCCUUUAUGGCUGCACAAAACUUCCGAGUAAUCAAUGGAUUAACCAAUAUCCUCCAUUUAUCAGCUCAUUCGAAGAUACUAAAAACGCAAUAUUAACCUUAAACGAAACAUAUAUUUCAAAUUGUUUGCGAACAAAUCCAUUAGACUUCAAUUCAAUGUUUUCAAAUAUGGAAAAUGUCUACUACAAUCGUUAUACAUUUUCACCACGAAAAUUCAAAUCCGAUUACAUUUCUAUGAUAUUUUUUAGCGCUUCGACAAAUGCAACUAACAUCAAAUCAACAUCUUCCAUGUUAUCAAUGCCAAGAUCAAGUGUUAUUACUGUAAAUGUAGGUGACAAAUCAAUUGAUAUAAGCGGACUUGCGAUUCCCAAAUAUUCGAAUGGACUUCGAGUAAACAACUCAACAGAAAUCGAAAAUUUAGUGGGCAAGAUCGAUGAGAUGAUAUUCGGAUAUACCUCAACAGGAAAUGAUUUGGUGUUGAAGCUAGACGUCGAACAAGUUAAUGAAUCAGAAGAUUCGGAAGUUCUUGCCGCAUCAUUCGCAGACUGCGCGUUUUUCAAUGAUCACCAAAAUUCGGAUAAAUGGUAUUCAGGAGAAGCUUGUAGCACGACACGAACAAUACUCUGUCAGUACGUUAUUCCGACGCCCGCUCCGCCACCGCCGGUGAAUCCGACUAUAUCUUGGGCAGAUCCGUGCGUCGCUGAUUGGAAUUUCACCUACUACGAACAAUUAAACAAUGCGAAAUGUUAUAGGCCAUCCAGCGACAAAAAAAGCUUCUACGAUGCUGAGAAUGAAUGCCUCACAGAUCAUCCGACAUUCUUACAUUCGCCAAAAUUAACAUCGAUUCAAUCGCGGUCUGAAGAAGAGAAAAUAAUAGGACUAUUCGAUAAAUAUCCCAAUGAGGGAAUGUUCUGGAUCGGCCUUCGUCGUGAUCCUCACAAUUCAACAGCAUGGUAUUUCAUCAACGGUGAUUCAUAUGACGGUUACACCAAUUGGUAUAAAGGUUAUCCAAGAGAAGCCGAUGGAUGUGAUUGUGUGGCAUACGUGAUCAAUCUCGACGGCUGGAUCAAUACCGAUUGCAACAAGAAUAUGUUUGCAAUGUGCGCAUACCGAUUCAAUUCAACAACUUCUUAA